AUGGCACAUAACGACUUCAUCAACGCCUUAAGAGUGCUGCUCUUCGUAUCGCUGAUUGGCAUCAUCCGAGCACAGGAAGAUGCUCGUAUAGUGAACGGGAAGAACGCUGAAAGAGGACAAUUUCUAUUCUCUGCUGUGAUUAUACCCACUACCACAAUCGCAGAAGCCCCCGAAUUCUGUGGAGGAAGUCUUAUUGCAGAACAGUAUGUUCUGUCUACUUGUUCCUGUCUGUAUAAUGUUACCGGAGCUAGAGUUUUAUUGGGAACAAUCUUCAGAGAAAAUUAUAGAAAUGAUAGUAAUGUAAUGGAAAAUGAAGCUGCUCAAUUUAUUUAUAAUAAUGACUUCGACGAAGAAACAUUGGAAAACGAUAUAGCCAUUAUUUUUUUGAGAUAUGAAGUAACAAAAUCCCAAUUUAUCUUUCCGAUCAAUCUACCCGAAGCUAACGAUGACUUUGAUCGACGAGGAGCUAUUGUCGUUGGCUACGGAAGUACCAGAAAUGGCGGAGAGCCAUCGGAUAGACUGCAGUUUGCCUCUAUGGAAGUGAUAAGCAAUGGGAUGUGCAGUAUGUUCUAUCCAGGAAAAGUUCAACGUGGCAAUAUCUGUGCCAUAGGUCGGAACAUGAGUUCAACUUGCACCGGAGAUCUUGGAGGAGGAUUGAAAUUGGAUAACGAUAAUGUCAUCAUCGGAGUUACGACCUUCUUCAGUGAUGUCUUUGGAUGUGAAAUGAAUUAUCCGGUUGGUUUCACGCGUGUUUCAGCUUAUUUGGGUUUCAUUCGCAAAGAACUUAAAAGACGACGUAACGGACAGACUAAGGUCUAACUGUGUAAAUCUGUUUUUUAUGCUUUUUCAAGAAAUUCGAAAAGGAAGUAUGAUUCCAAUUUUAAAUAAAUAUAUA